AUGGCGGAGAAUGGUGGUCUCAAGAGGUCGCGCUCUCCCCAGGACGACGGCAGCGACUCCUCGGACGACGACUUCGGACCAGCACCGGCUUUACCCAGCACCACCGCUCCCAAGAAGAAGCGGAAGCUGGCAUACGAGUCGCUCUACAUGAAUGCUUUGCCGAAAGGCGUCCGGUACUCCAAAAGUCUGAUGCACAGGGAACAGUUAUCGACCGUCACUGUAGCGCCCUCUCCUGCAGACUUUGUCAUCACGACCUCUGUUGACGGUAGAGUCAAGUUCUGGAAGAAGGCUGCUUCAGGUAUUGAAUUCGCAAAGGAGUACUCGGCGCACGAAGGCCAGAUCCUGGACUCUGCGGUCAGUACAGAUGGAGCCCUGUUUGCCACGUCUGGAGACGUUGAGGACAGAACCAUCAAGCUCUACGAUGUUGCCAAUGUGGAUCUGCUCGCAAUAUUCAUCCUCGAGGAAGCAGCUCAGCGUCUAUGUUGGGUCCAUCGAUCUGGCGCCUCGCCGCUUCUGGCAGCUGCGGUGGGCAAGAACAUCCACAUCUAUGAUGGGCGAGGUAAUGAUUCCAAGCCCAUUCACAGCGUUACCUCGGUGCACAGGGGAGACGUCACUGCCAUGGUGUACAAUCCAGCCUAUGACUGUGUGGUCUCAGCGGACGCAAGUGGCAUGGUAGAAUAUUGGCAGCCAGGUGGAAGCUAUGAGAAGCCAGAUAACGUCUAUUCGAUGAAGGCUCAGACCAACUUGUUCGACUUCAAGAAGGCCAAGACAACACCCACGGCUCUAGCUGUCACGCCAUCAGGACAUCAGCUUGCCACGAUAUCGUUCCCAGAUCGCAAGAUUCGUCUUUUUGACUUUGCUUCAGCAAAGCUAAUUCGUUCUUACGAUGAGUCAACCGAGACCCUGACAACGAUGCAACAAGCUGGGACAGGAGCAGUGAAGCUGGAAAGCGUCGAGUUCGGGCGAAGGAUGGCCACGGAACAAGCAUUGGAGUCCUCCUCUGUUCGAUUUAGAGCUAACCUAAUCUUUGAUGAAUCCGGCAACUUUCUCCUUUACGGUGCACUGCAUGGCAUCAAAGUUGUCAAUACUCUCACAAAUCGAGUCAUGCGUAUCUAUGGCAAGGACGAGCCAUUUCGGGCAUUGAAUCUAGCUCUGUACCAGGGCGCUCCACAGAAGAAAGAGUUGACGACCAUCGCAAUGGCUGCGUCGGCUAAUCCACUGCUCGAGGAAUCACAAGAGCGUGAUCCGAUUUUGUUUGCGACAGGGUACGGGAAAGUCAGGUUCUACAGUUUCACCAAUGACGAGGACGCGUCGAAAACGACCCGAGAUGUGUAUAAUGAGAAGCCGAAAACCGCCGUCAAGCAGAAAGCAGAACAGGAGAAGAUAGUCCAGACCGGAACUGGAGCAGUGCUGCAUACAUCGAUGGGCGAUAUCUUCUUGCGGCUGUUUCCUGAGAGGGCUCCACUAGCAGUAGAGAACUUCGUGACACAUGCGCGUACUGGCUACUACAACAACACCAUCUUCCACCGUGUCAUUCGGAAGUUCAUGAUCCAGGGCGGCGACCCUCUUGGAGACGGAACAGGAGGCGAAAGCAUUUGGGGCAAGGACUUUGCGGAUGAGAUAUCGGAUCUGAAGCACGACAAGCCAUAUCGUUUGAGUAUGGCUAAUGCUGGGCCUGGGACUAAUGCUAGCCAGUUCUUCAUUACAACGGAGAAGACACCAUGGUUAGAUGGGAAGCAUACCAUAUUUGGGUCUGUGACGAAGGGAAUGGAUGUGGUGCAUGCGAUCGAGAACACGAAGGUGACAAAGGAGAAGCCGGAGGUGGAUGUGAAGCUGUUGUCGAUCACGAUUGACGCGUGA